AUGACAUCACACCUCUCUUUUAGGUUGGACUGGAUGUAUAUGUGGUCAGCUUUAUACCAAAUGAACCCUUGGCUCAUAACUUCGAAUAAAAUCUCGUUGAAAGCACAGCUGCAAAGUCUUCCUGGAGCUGGCUUUGGCAUGUCAGCGGCACAUUAUCUUUUCCUGCAGCGAAACAUGGAGAAGGAUUCGGUGACAUUUGAUACAGCUAUAGAAUACUAUAAAGGGAUGGGCAACAACUAUCAGAUUCUUCUUUUCCCCGAGGGAACUGACAAAUCACCAUGGACAACAACGAAGAGUCAAGAGUAUGCGAAAAAGAACGGACUCAAACAACUGAAGCAUCUUUUGUAUCCUCGUGUAGCCGGCUUCCAUCAUCUUUUGACGAAAAUGAGAGAAGAGAAGUUUGUGACUUACGUCUACGAUGUCUCCAUCGCUUAUCCCUACAAUAUCGUGCAAUCUGAGGUUGAUUUGAUUCUCAAAGGCGACUGCCCAAAAGAAGUCCAUUUCCAUGUCAAGAAGAUUGCUGUAAACGAUGUUCCACAUAGCGAGGCGGACUGCGGACGUUGGCUUAACGAUCUUUGGUUGGAAAAAGAAGCUCGUUUGGAAGAAUACUACUCGGAGCCGAAACCAUACAAUCGACGAUUUGCCAUGGAAAAUGGGCAGCGAAUAUGGAAGAAUGUAGGCUGCUAA